CUAUCUAAAAUGUCAAACCUCAAGAAGACCCCAUAAUGAUGUGAGCUAGACCAUUUUCUCGAAAAUGGCAACACAAAAGCCUGGAGAAUGGGCUAAUACUUUGAUUAUUAGGUUUGAGGAACAGUUACCCUGUCGAAUUGGUCCUCAAACAACCCAUUCUAGUAUUAAUGAAGAACAAAAUAAGAACUGCAUAAUACAAAUAUCAAGAUACCGAUUUGCACUUGUCUUAGAUGGAUUUGUAAAAGUUCUGAAAAGAAUUCAUGAACUGUACCAAACUGGCACUUGUAGUGCCCCCAAACACGGUCCCGAAUUAGAGAAAAAUUAUUUUGAUAGUUUAAUAAUUGUAUUGGAAACAUUGGAAAAGUGUUUCAGUAUUCAACCAAAAGACUCAAUUACUUUAACCAUGGAAGAAAACAACAAUUUAAAAUGUUUAUUGAAGGAAAUAUGUACUUUCUUAGUAGCUAAAGAUAUGCCUAGUGAUAAUCCAAAUGUACAUGCAAUAAAACAGUUGGCAAGUAAGGUGUUAUUUGCUCUGAGUGUAAAUUUUUUUAACGCAGUAUUUAACCGUAUAUCCUCAAAACUACAGGAGCUAGCUUCAUGUCCAGAUGAAAACCCUGAUUUUAGUGAUAUAGAACUAAUACAAUACAUUAAUGUGGAUGUAAGCAGGUUAAGUCGACUUUUUGUGGAAGCUAUAUCAAAAUUCCGUCUGCUGAAAAAAACUGCACAUCUUAUGCUAGUAACUUCAUUGGAAAAGGCUAUAUGGAAUUGGAUGGAUACCUAUCCAUACGAGUUUGCUGAGUUACAAAAAAAUCCCAAUGAAGAUAUGGCUAAGUGUGCUGAACAACUUUUUGAUAUAUUGGAUGCUUUUGGAGAUAAUAAAAAAGGAAGGUCUGCAGUUUGGUCUCUUCAAAUAAUGUUAUUAAUACUUGCUCCAAAAGUUCUGGAAGAAAUAGUCAAUGCUGAUAGCGGCGCUCCUUGUUCACCACGUCAUAGUAAAAAGAAAAUGUUCAUUGACAAUAUUAAAAAAUGUAUAAGUCCCCAUGGUAAUAGUAAACAGCUAACAGAAGCUGCAGCAGUGACUUGUGUGAAACUUUGUAAAGCCUCAACAUACAUUAAAGUAUUGGAUCCUAAUAAUGUUACAUUUGUAUUAGUACAAAGUAUUUUAAAUGACUUAAAGGCCCUAUUAUUUAAUCCACAGAAACCUUUUUCAAGGGGACAGAACUACCUAUAUCAAGAUAUGGAUUUAAUGAUUGACUGCUUUGUAUCAAUAUUCAGGAUAAAACCACACAAUAACGAAGCCUUGAAAGUAUGUUUAAGCCUAAACUCACCUCCAACGUUUCAUUUUGUGUUGGUAAGAUCGCUUUACAAGAUUGUUACUCAACCAAGGUUAUUUUGGUGGCCUCAGAUAGAUAUUGUGUAUAGCAAAGCAUCAGAAUUAAGAGCAAUGUUUACCGAUACACUCAACAAAGUUUCUCAAGGAUACAUAGCUCACACUCCACUAAGAAUGAUACAAAUUACUUUAAAAGGUAAAGAUUGUCCAGGGAAAUUUAAAGACAGGGCAGAAGAGGUGCAUUUACUUCUCUACAUGGUGAGGUUAGUACAUGCAGAUCCAAUGUUGAUGUUAAACAACCAAGGAAAAGCCGGCCAUGAAAUCCAGAGCUCUACCCUCGAACUUAUAAAUGGCUUAGUUUCUUUAGUCCACCAACCAACAAUGCCAGAGGUAGCUCAAGAGGCUAUGGAAGCAUUACUAGUUCUCCACCAUCCAGAGAAGAUUGAAGUAUGGAAUCCAGAAGCACCAAUUAACACAUUUUGGGAUGUCAGCUCCCAAGUAAUGUUUUCUAUUUCCCAGAAAUUAAUACAACACCAAAUAAUGAACUAUACCGAUAUUCUAAAGUGGCUGAGAGAAGUUUUGAUAUGUAGGAAUGCAUUUCUAGCUAAGCAUAAGGAUUAUGCGAACCUGGGAAGCUCGAUUGCAAUUUGUAAACAGGCUCACAUCAAACUAGAGGUGGUAUUUUUCAUGUACUUAUGGAGCACUGAUAUGGAUGCAGUUCUUGUUUCAAUGAGCUGCUUCGCCUUGCUUUGUCAAGAAGCAGAAAUACGAUGUGGCUCUGAUGAGGUUACAGUAACAUACUUAGUACCAAAUUAUCACGUUUAUCAAGAAUUGGCGCAGGCGUCUACAGUGCUCAUUACAGGACGAGCAGCUCUGCAAAAGCGCAUAAUGGCGUUGCUGAGAAAAAUAGAACAUUGUGUAAACGGUGUUCAGCCCGCUUGGGAAGAGACAUUUAUGAACUGGAAUGGAAUGUGUAAAAACUUAUCUUCCAAAGCGAGAUCAGAAGAGGGGCAAAUGGAACCGUUUCACAGAUCUGUGGGUAAAAGAAGAGCAUCACAUCAAAAUUCUGAACAUGAACUGGAGGAUCAAAUAAACGAAUGGGCAAACAUGACUGGCUUCCUAUGCGCUCUUGGAGGAGUCUGCUUACAAAGGAAAUCGCCAUGUAGACCUCCAUUAUCAACUAGCUCACAUUCUGGUUUAUCCUCGAUGAGUUCCAUUGGAAGUAGUAAUCUUGGUUCAGAACCAAUUUCCGGCACUAGGAAGUCAAAUACACUUCAAAGUCAACAAACACCACAAGACCAGAGGCAAUAUUGUCCUGUGACUUCAUUUGUGGACCUGCUGUUACGCCUGUUGGUCUGCAGUAACGAAAAAUUCGGUGCUCAAAUACAAAAGCAUGUAAAAGAAUUGAUAGGGCACGAAAUGUCUUCGGCCUUAUAUCCAAUAUUAUUUGAACAAACAAAAUCCAUAGUAGAUAAGUUUUUUGACCAACAGGGACAGGUUGUAGUCAACGAAGUUAAUACGCAGUUUAUUGAGCAUAUAGUCUUCAUCAUGAAGAAUAUUUUAGACUGUACAAAAAACGAUCAACCAUCUGAACAUUUAGGAGUGACUAGUAUAGAAGGAAUGAUGUUGGCAGUAGUUAGAUACGUCAGGCAUCUAGACAUGACAGUUCAUGCAAUACACAUGAAGACCAAAUUGUGCCAACUAGUAGAGACUAUGAUGAACAGAAGAGACGAUCUGGCCUUCCGCCAAGAAAUGAAAUUUAGGAACAAACUAGUUGAAUACCUUUCAGAUUGGAUCAUGGGAAAUUCCCACCAAAUUGCUCCCCCUGGUUCCGGCGAUGUUACAACAAUUACCAGAGAAUUAGAUCAAGCUUGUAUGGAAGCAGUCGCUGCACUACUUCGAGGCCUUCCAUUACAACCCGAGGAGUCUGAUAGGGGUGACUUAAUGGAGGCAAAAAGUCAGUUAUUUCUGAAGUACUUUACACUUUUCAUAAAUUUAUUGGGCGACUGCACCGAGCCACAAGAAGUGGACAAAGAUCUUGGCAAACAAAAGGUAUUCAGUGGUAAACAUAAUACUUUGAGAAAUGCUACCAUACAAGCUAUGUCAAAUUUGUUAUCAGCUAAUAUUGAUAGUGGACUUAUGCAUUCUAUAUAUCUUGGUUACAAUAAAGACUUACAAACAAGGGCAGCUUUCAUGGAAGUUUUAACGAAAAUAUUGCAACAAGGUACAGAAUUCGACACCCUGGCAGAAACAGUGCUAGCCGAUCGGUUUGAACAGUUAGUCCAGUUAGUAACAAUGAUCAGUGAUAAAGGAGAGUUGCCAAUAGCAGUAGCCCUUGCUAAUGUUGUGACCACUUCACAAAUGGACGAACUAGCUAGAGUAUUUGUGACACUAUUUGACGCCAAACACCUUCUGGCCCCUUUGUUGUGGAAUAUGUUUUAUAGAGAAGUUGAGGUGUCGGAUUGUAUGCAAACUUUGUUUAGGGGAAACAGUCUCGGAAGUAAGAUAAUGGCGUUUUGUUUUAAAAUCUACGGUGCAAGCUAUCUACAAAGCCUCCUUGAACCUUUUAUCGGUCCUUUAUUGGACGAUCCUUGUUGCAGUUUUGAAGUUGACCCAGCUAGAUUGGAACCAAAUGAAGACAUAGAAGAAAACCGACAGAAUCUAAUAGCUUUAACACAAAGAGUUUUCAAUGCGAUUGUUAAUUCAAUUGACAAAUUUCCACCCCAGUUACGGUCAAUGUGCCACUGUCUCUAUCAAGUUUUGAGUAAAAGGUUCCCUUUAGUUCCUCAGAAUAAUAUAGGAGCUGUGGGAACAGUGAUAUUUUUACGCUUUAUUAAUCCUGCCAUAGUUUCUCCACAGGAAAUGGGUAUUGUCUGUAAACAAGUACCAAAUUCUGUGAAAAGAGGACUUAUGUUGAUGUCUAAAAUCUUGCAAAACAUUGCAAAUCACGUCGAAUUCAGUAAAGAGCAACAUAUGCUUCCAUUCAACGAUUUUUUACGAGCGCAUUUUGAAAUUGGACGACGAUUUUUUGUCCAGAUUGCAUUAGACUGUGAAACCGUCGAUCAAACCUCACAUUCCAUGUCAUUUAUUUCAGAUGCAAAUGUCUUAGCGCUUCAUCGGCUGCUGUGGAACCACCAAGAAAAGAUUGGAGAUUAUCUGUCAAGCAGUAGAGAUCAUAAAGCAGUAGGAAGGAGGCCUUUUGACAAAAUGGCAACACUGUUAGCUUAUUUAGGACCACCGGAACAUAAACCAGUUGACUCACAUAUGUUGUUUUCAUCGUAUGCAAGGUGGAGUUCAAUAGAUAUGUCAUCGAACAACUUUGAGGAAUUGAUGGUUAAACAUAAUAUGCACGAAAAAGAAGAGUUCAAAUCCAUAAAAUCGUUAAAUAUCUUUUAUCAAGCAGGUACCAGUAAAUUCGGACACCCUGUAUUCUACUAUAUCGCCAGAAGAUUCAAGUUUGGCGAGACAAAUGGAGAUCUUUUAAUAUACCACGUGAUUUUAACUCUGAAACCAUUUUGCCAUGCUCCCUUUGAAUUGGUUGUAGAUUUUACCCACACAUGCACCGAUAAUAGAUUCAGAACAGAAUUUUUACAAAAAUGGUUCUAUGUUUUACCUGAAGUUGCAUAUCUCAACCUAGCAGCUGCUUAUAUUUAUAAUUGUAACAACUGGGUUCGUGAAUACACCAAAUUUCACGAUAGGAUUUUAGUUCCCCUAAAGGGAAACCGAAAAAUAAUUUUUAUAGAUGUUCCCAACAAACUUAAUGACUACAUCGAUUCUGAACAACAGAAGCUACCUGGAGCGACACUAAGCCUUGAUGAAGACUUAAAAGUAUUCCAUAACGCUUUAAAAUUAUCACACAAAGACACCAAAGUAGCAAUUAAGGUCGGACCAACUGCUAUUCAAAUAACUUCGGCAGAGAAAGCGAAAGUACUGUCGCAUUCAGUACUACUGAAUGAUGUAUACUACGCAUCGGAGAUUGAAGAAGUUUGUUUGGUGGAUGAUAAUCAGUUUACACUGACUAUUGCGAAUGACAGUAGUCCACUUAGUUUUAUACACAACGACUGUGAUAGUAUUGUUCAAGCUAUUAUUCACAUAAGAAACCGUUGGGAACUUAGUCAACCGGAUUCGGUAACAGUCCAUCAGAAAAUUCGACCGAAAGAUGUCCCUGGAACUCUUUUGAAUAUGGCGCUAUUAAAUUUAGGGUCCUCAGAUCCAAAUUUAAGAACCGCCGCUUAUAACCAGCUCUGUGCUCUUACAGCUACCUUUGAUUUAAAGAUAGAGGGACAGUUGUUAGAAACGCAAGGCUUGUGCAUUCCAUCCAAUAAUACCAUAUUCAUUAAAUCUGUCUCAGAAAAACUAGCAACGAAUGAACCCCAUUUAACUUUAGAAUUUUUAGAAGAAUGUAUACAAGGAUUUAGGGUAUCAAGUAUCGAAUUGAAGCAUUUAUGUUUAGAAUAUAUGACACCAUGGUUGCCUAACCUCGUUAGGUAAGUUGAAAUAAAUCCCUUUAUCUUUGAUAAAAUCUGCCGCAGUUAUAGACCAGAGGUGUCCAACUUGCAAUGCCUCAAGGGCCAAAACUAAAACCUUUGAUGUUGUCGCGGGCCAUAUAAUAAUUUUGUUACAAGUAAUAACAAAAUAAAGUGAGGUAU